AGUUGCGGGGAGCUGGGGGGACACGACACGCUCCCGAGUGGGAAAGCGUGAGAUGCGAGGGGGUGUCCAGAGACCUGCGCCAGUGGGGGUCUCGGGAAGUCUGCAAAGGGCUUGGUGUGCACGGUAAAGCAUUUUAGGGGAAUGAAGGACUGCAAAGGGUUUUGUGCUUGGAGGAGAGUUGCAAAGGGCUGUGUGCCCAGCCUGGGGCUGAGGGGAGGGUCAGCGUGGUGUCAUGCCAAAAGGCAGAUACUCUGCCAGGGAGCUGGAGGGGAAUUAGUGAACCUGCCGCUUGCAGUUGGUUCCCCCACCUUGCAUUGCAAUACCGCCGUUAAAAACAACACCCCAAAAUGUGAAAUAUGGCACCAUGGUGAAUCAUGAGGUCUUUUCCCUCAAGACAUAGUUCCAUUUGCUCUUGCGCUCCAACUGAAGUCGAGUUAAGGGCAACAUUUCCCUGUUGGACUAGGAAGGAGAUGCUGGGUCUGGAGCAGGGAUCCUUUUGGUGGGAAAAGGGGAUGUGCUCAGUCAGGGCAUGCAUGGCAAAGCGGGUGAGAGCAUCAGGAACUUUCUCUGCCACUGCUGUACUGAGAAAGAGAAGAUUGUUUGUGGGCUUGAUGCUUUGCUUUAAAGCUGUGUUCAGCAGCCACAAUAGCCAGAGUUUGGUAAAAAAAUCUGUCAUUCCAGUAAAGGGCAUGUCUUGGGCUUGGUUGCUUUUCUUUUCCUCUGAUGUUCUUGAAUAUUGAAAAGGCAAAACUGAACAGCAGUGAAGGCCAAUGCAAAAUGCUUUCUAACCCAAAGUGAUUACCAAGUCGCUUCUGUUGUGUAACCUUGGCAGUGACUGCUUCACACCUUGCUGCUUGAAGAACAGCAAAGUCCUGGGCUGACCUGACAUAUGUCUGCAGGCAGUGAUGCCUGUCUCCAUGUUACUGCAAUUGACUGAACAGUGGGAAAGUUGGAGAGAGUGAUGGGACCUGCUGUGCCUUUUAAUCUGUCGAGCUCCUGGGUGUUUUAUGCUGUUUUUUUUCCUGCAGUAGUACUUCUACUUUGGCUGUGUUCAAGCUGUUGAUCUAUUGGAUUCAAAACAACACUCUGCUCAAUUUUACACCCUUCUUAAGGGUUUUGCCUUAGUUCUUCCUCUGAUGUAUAACUUAAUUUUUUUUCCUGCAUACAUUUGCUGCACUAGCCUCCUCCAGACUGUGAAUUUCUGAUUAAAUACUCAUGUAUAUGAAUAGCUUUACAAUUGAUAAAUUAAUUUUAAAAAUAGUUCAUUGUCAUUAUCAGAUUCUAGUAUGUGAAUGGGCUUUGCCUCUUGCAGAGUUUGCUUUGUAGUUUAUCUGUGUUUUUUUUUUAUUGAAACUACUUGGAAUUUUAAAUGUACUCUUCUUUUGUAAUUUUUAAUGUAUUAAUACGUUGCACCUUACUUCAAGGGACAUGUGAAGCAUGCUCUCAGCUCUUUGGAAAUUGUCCUGCCUUUCGGUUUUGGUUUGUUUGUUUGUUUGUUUUGUUUUGUUUUCAACAUGGGGAAGAUCGGCCAACAAACAUGCUCUGGAAGACAUGUUUAUCUUUUAAAAAAUCCCCAAGAGUGACCAAACAAGCAGGCAGCUGCACCCACCCAGCAGUAUGAUUUCUUAUCUUGAAGCUUGACUCAUAAUUCUAAUGGCUCCUUACCUUUAUCAUUAUUUUAAAAAUAAAGUAGUUUUCUUAGCUAAGCUGUUCCCUCAGGUGCCAGACUGAAGAGCAUUGCACAUGUAUAAUUUCUUUUUCUGAUGUCUUUCUGUCUCUUUUACAUCACCCUGAGCUGCAGUACCCUAUAAUCUUAUCCAUAGGCUUUUGUUUUUGGUUUGUGGUUUUUUUUUUUUUUUCUGAUAUGCAGAAAAUAGGGAGAUGCCUAAGAGUAUCUCCUGUUGGCAAAUCUCACCUUUGAUGCAAGCAGUAAUCCAGCAAACCAGCUUGGUUUUGCAAAACAUUAAGUGGACUUGUGAGCUGCAAGAAAAGUUUCAGGCUGUGUUUUGCAUAGAUGCUCUCAGAUGUGAGGUUUUACUGCCUGGGUGUUACAUGUGUUUUUCCUGUCAUGGGGCAGUCUGCCUCCCUGAAUGGUUAUGUUGCUGCGAGCAACCGACAGAGAAAAUGCAAGGGCAGUGGAGAAGAGAGGUCUGCCUUCAGCCUUGCUUUGUCUCCUUGGUCAGACUCAGCCAUCAUCUCCUUCCUUUGCUCCUUAGGUGGUUUAAUAACAGGGUCAUGCAAGAUCUUUUCUUGCAGCAACAUCUCUUGCCUUUUUUUUCUUUCUUUUAUUUUUUUUUUUUUUUAAAUUAAAAUUGCACUGAAGAGUGUGUGUUAAAAUCAACUUUGAAACUCACAGUCCUUCACAGUAAUGCUGGAGUAAUUCCUGUGCUUUCCUCUCCUGCAUUUUAAUUACAGGUGAGAGUAGUUCAGCUCCCACUGCUCAAGCUGUUGCAAGGGCACAUCUAUACCCUGCAAAUAAGCUUUCCCCUUGCUACCCUUUACUUGUUUUGGCAGUGCUGUAGACCUGGGUCUCCAAAUCUGGAGAAAACCUCAUUAAAGUGGUGGUGAAUUUUCAUUUUCUCCUUACACUCCCUCCUUGCCAAGGACAGAGAAGUCCCUUUGCAGGUAACAGGACAGAAACCCCUCCCAAACUAACCUACAGCUGCACUGUGGAAAGAACAGCCCCCAGAGAUGCUGAGGUCACAAUGCUAUCGGUGGAACUUUGAGGUGGGUUUUUUUUGCUGCAUCUCCUUUAGCUUUGCCAGCCUGUGCACUCCCAGUUGUCUGUUCCAUUGGUUGGUGCAGGGGUGGCAUAAGGGACUGGUUCAUGCUAUGCUGCAAAUUGCUCAGCAUGGCGCUUCAAUAGCUGCUGUGUAACGGCAGGCAGUUUUCUAGCAUUUGUAAGAUAAUCUCUGCUGCUGAGGUUAGUGAUCUUGGCUGGUUUGCUAUGCUGUGCCUCCCCAUUUUACGUAGCAGUGUGUAUUUCUGAAACACCUAUUCAGAUUUGAGUGCUUGCUCCAUGAUUUUUGAGAUGGAUGGGUGCUAUCCUUAGAUGUGGGUUUACUUUGACACCCUCAGCAUAGGGUAGCUGCAGAGACGGAUGCAGAUUCACCUCUCUAUCUGCUUGAGCACCAGCCAUGCUUCCUGGCUCAGCAUCCCGCUGGGUUGCUCCUGCAUGUGCCAUCCGUUUCUGUGCUGCAGAAGAGCUAAAUUGGGGUUGAAAGAGAGCUGGCAAGAAGCCUGGGUGUUCUUAGAAAGACAGUUAUUGCCCUGGACAGUUGAGGGUUUUUUCUUUUGUUUCCUGGGUUCUCAUCACAGGGUUGGGCUCCUUAGGGCAGCAGCUCCUUGGAGGAUGGAGAAACUUUGUAGGUUGAGGCUGGAGCAGUGCCAUCCCAGCUGGCCUCUCUCAAGUAGUAAGUCUGAAGUGCCUGCCUGGUAAUUCCAUUAAUUGCAGCCUAGUGCUGGAGAGAGAAAUGUCAUUCCAGGGUAAAGCUGGCGGUCUGGCUUAAACGGAGAGAAUUUGCUGGUUCUCCUGGCUGCACCACUGUGAAUAAUGAACCUCUGUAUUACCCGCAAAGGAUAUUUGAAGUCUAGAUGUGAGUGUAAAGACCUAGGCAGUGUUAGAAAAAAAUUGCUACUAAAUCUGCCAAUGAAGAAACCCUUAGCCCUGGAGCCUGGUUGUCUCUUUGCAAUGGGUUUUACCAGGAGUAAAAAUUUCCUGCUUAACUCCUGAUGUGCAGGAUGACAGAGCUAAGCAGUCAGCCAGUUCAGGAGACAGCUUGCACAGAAUAUAGCCAGAAUGAUCUUUCUGUGUAUAAUCAAUGCAGAGCAAAGAUGAUACACUUCUUUUAUUGCACCUGAAAGCUUGCAAGCACCUCAGAGCUAGCCACCACAAAUGCAAGUAGCACAAGCUCCUCCAUAUUUUGGGGCAUUGUGGUCCAUGCUUGAAUUCAGAGAUCACUGACCCGGUCAGUUGUUUUUUCUGUUUGAUUUCUUUUUUCAUGCAGAUCACAUUUUUGUGUUUGCAGUUGUAUAAUACCUUUGUGGCACCACAAGUGAGUCUUGUGUUCAAAAGGAGUGGUUAAUUAGGAUAUUUUCAGCUGUCCUUCUGGCUCAGAUACUAGAAAUCAAACAUGGGAGCCAGCACCAUACAGCUUUAUGCAGAGGAGCUUCCUGUACUGCAGGCAACUGCCAAGCAGUUGUGUCUGGCAGGGUGGAAGCACACACCACUGAUGAACCCCAGUAAAAAGUAGGAGGGGCUAGGGAAAGCAACUACUUUCUUUUAAAAAUCAAGUAAACAAGGCAUUUCCCCCUACCUUUACACUUUUCCUUGUGGGAAACUACUUGUCAAACCAAGAAGGGGAAAAAAGGUCCAUGAAGAGGAAGCAGAUGCUGGGGAUGCUCCACCCUUGUGUGGCCCCAUCAUGCGAGCUUUGCCUGACUGUCCAUUGGUACAAAUCUGAUCUUCCUAAGACCUGGGUCCCUGCAGGCAUCCUAGUAGCAGAAUUCAAGCCAGCUUGCUCAGAAAUUCUUGUUUGCUGGUGUAUUCAGCAGCCUGCUGAUGCCUGCUGUGAGAGGUGUGGAGGAUCUUUGCUUGUUCAGCAGAAGUGAGGUGCACAUCUUGCCAGUGACCUAGCAGCAGCUGAGACAGCCAUCUGAAGUCCACAACCUGCUCAUGCAUCUCUUACUUUUCCUUGCAAUAGCUGUGCAGAUGUGCCUGGCUUCUUUACCCAUACCCUUUGGGCCAGCUCACUUUCCAUAAAUCAGUGGGAUCUCAUUAAGACUUGCCACUUGGCUCAAGUUUUUAAAUCUGCCUUCCCUUCAGUUCUAUUCCCUAAUCAGCAAGGGUCAUGCUUUGCAUGCCUUUCCCUGGCUGCUAAAGCUCCAGUCUGCCAGGCGUGUGGAGGGUGUGCUGUGGAAACCCAUUGGCAGUUGCCUUGACUAAGCGUGCGAGAGCCAUGUCUGCUGAUCACAACUCUGGUGACAGGAUGUCGGGGGGAUGCAGGUAUCAGUCUGAGUUAGUGCAGUUGCUUUGUUUUUAAGUUUCCUCCAUUUGCAUUGUAGCUGACUAGUCAAGUUUUAGUUUAGUAGCAUGGUUUUCACUUCCCGAGAUAAUUUUUUUUAGUGUCUCCUGUCCUGCUGUCAUAGCUCUGACUUUCCUGUUUGGGCUUGAGUGGAUCAAAGUUGCACUGGUAGUGAAUUGUGUAUCUUGACAAACAUUUCAAUAUAGAGUAAAUAAGCAGGAUCAGGUAGGAAAAUUAUCUUCAUGUUUAGAAAUUCAGUUUCUCAAAAAAUGUUAUUUCUGUCUUGUCUUGUUCUUACUGUUUCUCUCUUCCCACCCCCCUCGGUUCUGCGAGUCAAAACUGGCUGUGAGAACAUCAUUAUCUGAAUGGGGAGGGGGACUUAUUAGGGGGUGGCUCGCGACAGCAUGUUAUAUUCCUUCAAAUCUAGAAUUACAGUUUAUGAAAGUAGCAGAAAAAUGGAUGCUUAUCGGAUGCUCUUGAGUUCUUGAGAGGAUUUUUGGGACACCUGCAGCGAGGAGCUGUCAGCCUUCUCAGUUUGCUUCUGACAUGAAGAAAGAUAUAGAGUCUUUAAUAGCCCAGGAAAAAGCAGAGAUCGUUGCCAAGUAUGAGAAGGGCAGGCAGGAAGGAGCUCAGAUUGACCCAUGGGAAGAUGCUGAUUUCACACUGUAUAAGGUUACAGACCGGUUUGGAUUCCUGCAUGAGCAGGAGCUGCCGACCUGCACAGCCUUGGAGGAGAAGCAAAAACACCAGGAAAUUGAACGUGUGGACAAGUGGCUAAAGAUGCUGAAGAAAUGGGGCAAAUACAGAAACAGUGACAAGAUGUGCCGGCGAGUGUACAAAGGGAUCCCACUUCAGGUGCGAGGCCAGGUCUGGUCACUUCUGCUGGAUGUUGAGAAGAUGAAGAAGGAGAAUGAAGGAAAAUAUGAGCAAAUGAAAGAGCAAGCAAAGAACUUUUCGUCGGAACUCAAGCAGAUAGAUUUGGAUGUUAACCGCACAUUCCGAAACCACAUCAUGUUUCGGGAUCGCUACGGAGUGAAGCAACAGGCACUCUUCCAUGUCCUGUCAGCAUACUCGGUUUAUAACACUGAAGUGAGCUACUGCCAAGGGAUGAGCCAGAUUGCAGCCAUCCUUCUAAUGUACUUAAAUGAAGAGGAUGCAUUUUGGGCUCUGGCACAGCUGCUGACCAAUCAGCGGCAUGCCAUGCACGGUUUUUUCAUUCCUGGGUUCCCGAAGCUGCAGAGGUUUCAAGCUCAUCACGAGCAGAUUUUAAGCAAACUGUUUCCCAAACUGAAGAAGCACAUGGACAAGGAGCAGAUGACUACAGGGAUUUACACAACCAAGUGGUUCCUGCAGUGUUUCAUUGACCGGACCCCCUUCACCCUUACCUUGCGGCUGUGGGAUAUCUACAUCUUGGAAGGAGAGCGGGUGCUGACAGCCAUGGCUUACACCAUUCUCAAACUGCACAAAAAGCGCUUGCUAAAGAUGACACUGGAAGACUUACGGGAAUUUCUGCAGGAAAAAAUUGCUGGUUCCCUGCAGUACGAGGAUGAUGCUGUUAUUGAGCAACUGCAGGUGUCAAUGACUGAACUGCGCAGGAUGAAAUUUGACCUUCCACCACCAGCAAAGCCUGAGGAAUUCCCACGGAAACCCCUGGGCCUGAAGCUCUCCCUCAACCCAGUAGCCGUGAAGGGCAAUGUGGCAGCCAACAGCCAGAAUGGCCAGGUGGGUGAGCACUCCCUGGACAGGGAGCCUCAUCCCCACAGAGGUCCCCGGACACUGGGGGGAAUGAUGGAGGUAAAGACUCCCACUCUUUGUGGCAGUGAAAUAGCUGAAGCAACAGACAUCCACCUGCACCCUCUUGGCAGGGGGGUGCUGGGAGAGGAGGGUGGGGUGGAAUCCACAAGGGAUGGGCAGCCACAGUCUCUUCUGAAGGCAAGUGAGACACAAGGCCACUAUCACCUCCCACCCACGGUCUUGCCUCUGGAACAGCUGCUUCUCACUCCUAGCCAUGCCAUGAUGGACCACAAGUCAGUCUCUCUCCCUACCCCAGCCGAGCAUGGCUGCUUGAACUCUUCUCUUCAAAAUACAUCAAUUCCUCCCAACUUGAGCAUGUCUGAGCUUUCUGGUAUGGAUCACAGGGCAUGGCAGCCAAAUCCUGCUGCCCUGCCGGUGGGAGAACAAGCAUCUUCCUUUUGCAAAGAAAAUGUGCUUGAUGCACACCCUCAUCCUCUGCCAGGCAGCUGUCAGCAGCUCUCCAGCACACUGCAGCACAACGGCUCCCCAAAGAGCGAGGAUGGGGACAGAAAGGCCAAGAAGCACUGCAGAGCAGCACUGCUGGACAAAACAGACUUGAAGCACUUGACAACUAAAGCUGCAUCCACAGGGGAGCUCACCUGCUUGCAGCAGAAUGGGUCAGGGAACACCACCAGUACUGCACACUGGCCAGAGGGCUUGGGAAUGCUGCCUGUGCAUGGGCUGGCAGGCGGCAGCAUGCCCAUCAUACCUGGCAGCGAGCUGGAGGCAGCAGAGCUGGGAAAGGGCUGUCCCUUCCACCAGGUGCCAUCUCCCAGAGUGUUGGGGAACAGCCCUUACACUGUUAUCAAAACCACCACUGCCCUCUACUUGGCCCAUGCAACAGAGCAAAACUUCUCGAACAGAACGCAGGUGGCAUUGCCUCUGCCAGAGACUGGAUAUCCCCUGCCUGCCACCUCAAUGCCACCAGCUCUCGCUCUGGUUCCAGAGGAAGUAGAUGCCCAAAAAAGCCUCCAGAAAUUAGUAAAUGCACUGAAAGCUCCACAACCCACCCUGAGCCCCAGCACAAAAUUUCCAACACAGGUUGCCAAAUCCCACUCAGAGAACAGUUUACUUUCAGGCUCUCCUCCCCUGGCAAAGCUGCCCAAAUCGGUGACAUUUUAGUGGGGAUAAGGGGGAUGCGAAGAAGAGGGUGCUGAAGCAGCACACUUGUCCCUUUUUUUGGGAUUCCCCCUUUUCAGUAGGGCUAUGUCUGGGUGACAGCACAGCAGCCAUUGCCUGUCAAGUCGUGCUUUGGUACAAGCACCCAGCAAGGAGAUGGAGAGGUGGCCACCAGCGCCAGGAGGCACCAGCAAAUUGGGUUUGCGUCUUUCCUAUGGACAAAUCAGAAAGUGCUUUCGUUCUUUGUUUUUUGAUGCUCACAAGCCUUGUUGUGUAUUGGGGGAGAUGCUGGUGAAUGUGUUGCCUGUUUUCUUUUGCUCCUGCUUAGCAUGGGUACCCACGGCCGUGGACGCAGGUGCAAGGCGUAGGAGUCCAAAAUGCUUUCUUUAAAAUGCCUGAUCAGUGCAUCCAACAGCAUUGUUUUCAGAGGUCGUUGCAGCGACUGAUCUUUGUUUCUUUUCCCAGACCUGCAGUUGUAGGCACCAGCAUUUUCAGGCAGGGCCAUGGUUUUCCGGCAGGGCACAGGCAGCCCACUGCCGACGCUAUGCAAUUCU